AUGUCUCAGAACCCAUCACCACCAACUCGGAAGCUCCUAUUGCUCUUAUGCCUUUUAGGGUUAAGUUUCUCCGUUGACCUGGGUCAAUCCCUGAAGCUCCCCUUCAGCGUCGACGAUGUUCUUCCGAUGCUGCCACGUCAAGUCUCCUGGCCGGUUCUCAACAGUUUCCACAACGCCGUGGAUUUGCUCCCGGUUUUCAUCGGAUCGGUUACUCCAACUAACUCGUCUCUCGAGUGGAAAGGUGCUUGCUUUCACGGCAACGAAGCUCGCCUCGAUAUCACCGGCAGCGAUCGCGACGUCCCUGGUCUCGGCGGUGGCCUUCUCCAUCUCAAGACAUCAGAGGCACAUAGCUUCACUUGUAUGGACUUAUACGUCUUUGCAACUCCGUACAGGAUCACAUGGGACUAUUAUUUCUCUGCAAGAGAUCAUACUUUGAGCUUUGAUUCAUGGGAAGAGAAAGCUGAGUUGGAAUAUGUGAAAGAGCAUGGAGUUUCAGUGUUUCUGAUGCCUUCAGGGAUGCUUGGGACUUUACUUUCAUUGAUUGACGUGUUGCCUCUCUUCUCCAACACUGCUUGGGGACAGAACGCUAAUCUGGCGUUCUUGAACAAACACAUGGGAGCUACGUUUGAGAAACGGCCUCAGCCAUGGAGGUCAGUGAUUGAUCCUGAAGAUGUGCAUUCAGGGGAUUUCUUGGCGGUGUCUAAGAUUAGAGGUAGAUGGGGAGGGUUUGAGACGUUGGAGAAGUGGGUCACUGGUGCUUUUGCUGGUCACACUGCUGUUUGUUUGAAAGAUGAUUUGGGGAAGCUUUGGGUUGGUGAAUCAGGACAUGAGAACGAGAAGGGUGAAGAGAUCAUUGUUGUGAUACCUUGGGAUGAGUGGUGGGAACUAACGUUGAAGGAUGAUUCAAAUCCACAAGUAGCUUUGCUUCCGUUACAUCCUGAUGUCAGAGCAAAGUUCAAUAACACUGCUGCGUGGGAAUAUGCGCGGAGCAUGUUGGGAAAGCCGUAUGGAUACCACAACAUGAUCUUUAGCUGGAUUGAUACUUUGGCUGAUAACUACCCUCCUCCUCUUGAUGCUCACUUGGUUAUUUCUGUCAUGUCUAUGUGGACUCGUGUACAACCUGCAUAUGCUGCUAAUAUGUGGAACGAGGCACUCAAUAAACGACUCGGUACUGAGGAUCUUGAUUUGUAUGGGAUUCUUGAAGAAACAGCGAGGCGUGGGAUGUCGUUUGAUGAGUUACUCACAAUCCCUGAACAGGAUGAGUGGGUUUAUAGCGAUGGGAAGUCGACGACCUGUGUUGCUUUCAUCCUUGCGAUGUACAAAGCAGCUGGUGUGUUUGGGCCUCUCGCUGAUCACAUUCAAGUUACUGAAUUCACUAUCCGAGAUGCGUACACUCUGAGGAUAUUUGAAGAGAACCAGACGAGGCUACCGAGUUGGUGUAACACGGAGGAAGGUAAGCUUGAGUUCUGUCAGAUUUUGGGUGAGUACAGAAUGGAGUUGCCAGGUUAUAACACUAUUCAACCGUACCGAAACAUGAACGAGAAUUGUCCUUCUUUGCCUCCUCAUUAUGAGAGGCCUUCUCAGUGUUAG